AUGGGCCUGGCGAUGGAGCACGGGGGAUCCUAUUCACGGGCAGGGGGCAGCCCGAGGGGCUGCUGGUACUAUAUGCGCUAUUUUUUCCUCUUUGUCUCGCUCAUCCAAUUCCUCAUCAUCCUGGGCCUUGUCCUCUUUAUGGUCUAUGGCAAUGCGCACGUGAGUACCGAAUCCAACCUGCAGGCCACCGAGCGCCGGGCUGACGGCCUCUACGGCCAGGUGGUGGGGCUCACAGCCUCCCAGGUCAACCUGUCCAAGGAGCUCAACCUCACCUCCCGUGCCAAGGAUGCCAUCAUGGAAAUGCUGCUAAACGCCCGCCGCGACCUGGACCGAAUCAAUGCCAGCUUCCGCCAGUGUCAGGCCGACCGGGUGAUCUACAUGAACAACCAGCGAUACAUGGCUGCCAUCAUCUUGAGUGAGAAACAAUGCCAAGAACAGCUCAAGGGAAGUAACAAGAGCUGCGAUGCUUUGGCCCUCACACUGAACCAGAAAGCCAAGACACUGGAGGUGGAGCUGGCAAAGGAGAAGGUGGUAUGUAUCAAAGACAAGGACAGUCUGGCGUUAGGCAAGCGAGUGUUGGAGGAACAGCUGGCCAAGUGCAGCAAAGCCCAGGAGCAGCAGCGGCAGGAGCGACAGCUGGCCGAGGACCGUCUGCAGAAGGUGCAGGCCGUCUGCCUCCCGCUGGACAAGGACAAGUUUGAGAUCGAGCUGCGCAACCUCUGGAGGGACUCCAUCAUCCCGCGCUCCCUUGACAGACUGGGCUACGAUAUGUUCCAUCCCAUUGGCUCGGAAGUGGCCUCCAUCCGGAGAACCUGCGACCACAUGCCCACCCUCAUGAGCUCCAAGGUGGAGGAGCUGGCCCGGAGCUUGCGGGCUGGCAUCGAGCGUGUGACCCGUGAGAACUCGGACCUCCAGCGCCAGAAACUGGAGGCCGAACAGGGUCUGCGCGCCAGUCAGGAGGCCAAGGAGAAGGCAGAGAAGGAGGCCCAGGCCCGGGAGGUCAAGCUCCAGGCUGAAUGUGCCCGGCAGACCCAGCUGGCCCUGGAAGAGAAAGCAGUGCUGCGGAAGGAGCGUGACAACCUGGCCAAGGAGUUGGAGGAGGAGAGACGGGAGGCUGAGCAGCUCAAGAUGCAGCUGGCUGUCAGCAGCUCGGCCCUGGACACCUGCAUCAAGGCGAAGUCGCAGCCAAUACCAGUGCCAAGACCUGCAGGCCCCGCCCCCAACCCCCCGCCCAUCGACCCAGCUGGGCUGGAGGAAUUCAAGAGGAGGAUCCUGGAGUCCCAGCGACCCCCUGCCAGCAGUGUCUUAGCAUCAGCCAGGUGA